AUGACGAGCCUCAAGUUAUCACUGGCCCCACCGGCUCUGGUGCGGCUUCACGAUGCACUGAUAUGCCUGGCGAAGUUUAGUGACACCGUCGCCAUCGAGGCGGAAAAUGACCUACUCCGGUUGAGCGCCCUUAACACUACCAAAACAGCCUUCGCUUCUUUCGUGUGCGAAAAGGAUGCAUUCUUUGAGUCGUACGAGUUCAGCAUAAAUCGAAGUAAUCGGACCUCAUUCCAAAGUCAGGGUGGCGAUCGAUUUGACUGUCAGAUAUUACUUAAGGCCUUGCUUUCCGUCUUCCGUGGGAGGGUCGAUCGCAACAAAGACACAGCUGUAGAACGCUGUGAAAUGGAGCUGCAUGAAGAUCCCCUACAGACUGAGUGUCGGCUGACUAUCAAGAUGAUUUGUGGACUUGAUGUGAUCAAAUCAUACAAACUGAUUUAUGAGCCUGCUUCGAUUCAACAUGCAGUGUUUGAUCGGCGAAAUGCAACUAAUCAGUGGAUCGCAGAUCCGCGGUUCUUAAAGCAAAUUGUUGAACAUUUCAGCCCAUCAGCAGAGCAGCUAGAUAUUUGUUCUGAUGGCGAGAGAGCUGUUUUCACUAGUUUUACCACCAAGGUCAUGGAAGGAAAGGAGAUUCUAAAAUUCCCGGUGCAUACUUCAGUCGCAACCGACAAGAGAGAUUUUGAAGAGUUUCUCGUCGAAGAUAACAUGCAUAUCGCCAUGAACCUUAAAGACUUCAAGGCAGUGGUUGCUCACGCCGAGACGAGUAGUGCCACGGUCACGGCACGAUACACUCGGCCUUGUAAACCGCUCCAGCUAGCAUAUGGAUUUGAGGGAAUCAAUGCCGAGUUUACGAUCAUGACUCGUGGCGGAUCAGACGGCGAAGAUGUACCUACUUCGACACGGGCUUCACUUCCUCAGCUCUCACGGCAAACACCUGCUCCUGUGGCCACGCCUGCCCCGAUCUCAUUCAGCAGAAGUGAUUCUUUGCGACCAACACCUAACACACAAAUGCCGCCUCCUCUGGUACGAAACAGAUCUAUACGGCCGCUGAAUGGAACUUCAACACAGGAACAUCUAUCCCAGCGACCAACUUCGGAACACCCAUCAAAUCUGACAUCAGCAUCGGCCUCGAUGGACUUCGACAGUCUUUUCGUGCCUCAGGACGAUGACAGACAGUGGGAUGAGAUGAAUGAAGAGGAAGAGCCACAGGACAUCCUUGGGUGGGAUGCAACGGGCGGUCAGGACGCGUUCGAAGGAACACUCCGUGACGCAGAACCAGGUUUCUCAAAUUCUCGGACAUCCCAAGAUCCGACAGCUCAGGACGAUAUGGGUAUCCCACCGACACAACGAAUGUCCCAGGUCCGUGGACUGGGUCUGUUCGACUAA